UGCGGUGUAAUUUAUGAUGCUAAAAAUGAAUCUUGACUUUCUUAGAACAUGUUUGUUCGCAACUAUUGUGUUACUAAUGGAUUACAAGUGUAUUGAAAGUUGUCAGGCUUAUGAGUUCCAUGAUAAUUCAAACAACGGAUAUAGCUAUUUAAGAGAUCUUCCUUUGCCAAAACUAUUAAAAUUACAAAAAUCGGUUUGUGACAUAUCUAACAGUUUCAUAAGCCUUCAAAAUGGCUCACUGAGUACAAUAGAAAAACGAAAAGGAUUCGUACAGUUCAGUACAGAGCAGGAUGAUCAUCAAUUGGCUACAGCAUUGCCUCUCACUGAUGGGUUUAGCAGGCGAGGUGCAGUAGAAGCAUGGGACACAAAACCAAGCAAAAUUCAGUCAAUUUUUCAAAUAAGUGUAACAGCACUUGCAUUUCUGGCAUUCGCUAGUUAUUUGUUAUGCAUGAUUGUUCAGGCGAUCAAAAGUAAAGGAACAACUUACUUUCACCCAACAGUCACAUCAAGUGCUACGUUGUCAUCAGCAGUGAAGAAAAGAAGACCAUUGGGUAGGAAAAGACGCCAUAUAGAAAACGGAAAUAUAACAAUCACCGAGAACAACAUAUCAGCUGGUUCAAAUCCGGAACUAAUCUAUGCAUCUCUAAUUGUAGUUUCUGAAGCUUAUGUAAAAUUUAGUGCAAUUGAUAAAUAAUCAAACCUACCGUGUUGGAUCAUACAUCUGGUUCGUGGCAGGCGGAAUCCUUCCAAGUCCUUUCACACCAUACAUAGCGUA